AUGGGAAGAAGAUUCAAAGGCCCUCUCAAAAAGGUCAAUGAAGCUGAAAUUCCCGAAAACGAUGAACAGGAAGACAAUGAUAGCAUCAAGACUGACGCCAAGAGUAACAUAGGCUCCGCUGAUCAGGAUGGUGAAGAGGACUAUUACCAUGAAGAAGAAUAUCCUGAAGAGAAAUAUAGGCAGCUAGAGGAACGUAUGAAGGCUAUGGAAAUCCAGAAGAUCCAACCUCAUACUGAAGACAAGAGAUUGUGGAUUCAUUUCUUCCAACAGAGUUUGUCUGGGACUCAACUGGAAUGGUACUAUCAACUGGAGAGUGCCAACAUUUGCACUUGGGAAGACAUGGCUGCUGCUUUCUAUAAGCAUCACUUGCUGGGUAGCUCUUCAUCUGGCUUCACUGACCUCAUAUUGAAUGGAGAACGUGUUGAGAGUGGUAUUCGAAGUGGGAAGAUUCAUGUAGGCGCCACUUCUGGUACUACAAAGAAGCCAUACCAUGGAAGGAAUGAGUCUAAUGCUGUUCAUAGCCAGAGGGGUCGUAAUAAGAAUGAUCAGAACCAGUCUGUUGGGGUCGUUCUAAUCUCUGCACCAACACCUCAGCAAACCCCCAGAGAAGGGUAUCAGCGUAGGUCAGACCCACCUAGAAGUCCUGGACACCAUGCUGACAACUGCUGGGCGCUGAAAAAUAAGAUUCAAGACAUGAUAGAUGCUGGUGAAAUCGAGUUUGAUCCUCUAGAAACUCCGAAUGUCAUUACCGCUCCUAUGCCAAAUCAUGACAAAGCUAUUAACACUAUCAUGGACACGGUCUAUGUCAAUGAUGUGAGAGAUCUGUCAACUCCACUCCCAGUCAUCAAGAGAAAGCUGCUGCAAGCCGGUUUAUUUCCGGGUUGCGACCCAGAGAAUUUGUGCGAAGGUUUCUCCCGUGGCCUGAAGAUUGAAGACAUGUCGGUAAUUUCUAAAGCUCCAUUCAAGAUUUCUACUGAACCCCGUGUGGCUCCUGUGACCAUCACUAAGCCUGGCCCAAUUCCGUAUUCUUCUGAUAAGGCGAUCCCUUGGAACUAUGGUGCCGAGGUCUAUAUUCAGGGAGUUAAACAAGAACUUGUAGCUGAUAAGGUUGUUGAAGACACUAAUCUUGAUGUGGGUAAUAUUACCGGAACUAGUAAAGUAACAAGAAGCGGAAGAGUGUUUUCUCCAGAAAUCUCUCCAAACAGUUCUGCACCUACUGGUACCCCUAUUCCUAAUCAGAAUGCUGACACCCGAGGUAAAAGACCAUUGCUUGAACUUGUCCAGACACCAGUUGGGACUGUUACCACAAAUCCAUCUCCUGAAGAAGCAAAUGAGUUCUUGAAGAUCACCCGCAAGAGUGAUUAUGACAUUGUGGAACAGAUGGGGCAUACCCCUUCCAAGAUUUCUAUGCUUUCACUCCUAAAUUGUUCCAAGACUCAUGCUAAAGCUAUGAUGAAAUUUCUAGAGGCUUCCCAUGUGCCACAAGAAAUUUCUGUCACUCAAAUUGAGAAUUUUUUACUUUCUGUAUUUCAAUAA